AUGUCUCGCAACAUUCGUCAAAAGUUCCCUUCCGGCCCCCGCAAGGUCGCCCGGCGUCGCAGUUCAGUCACCUCUUCCUCCUCCUUCGACCUUUCAGACGAAGAUGGUGGCUACUCUGCCGUCGAGGACAUCAGUGAUUCUGAGGAUAACGAUGAGGAGGAUGUUGAUGCGGCCGAGGAGGAGCAUAUUAUCACUCGGGUGCUGCACCCCAGCAACGCCAGUUCCCCUCGGCCACAAAGUCCGCAAGCAGUGGUGGUACCAGCAAGUGUAGAGCCAGAAGAAGAGGAUGACGAGGAUGAAGACGACGAGGAAGACGAGGACGAUGAGACUGCAGACGCUGAUGUGGAUGACGGCGGUAGCUGGGACGGUAUUGUUUCUGAAGUUGAUGAAACUGUCAGCUCCGACAACCAUGCGACACCGCACCGCGCUGCCCAUGAGCGCCACGUCCGCUUCGUCGACGUGCCCUCGAGUGAUUCGGACUCGACUGAGACUGAGGAUGACCACGCCGACUUCUUCCCAGACCUGUUUGUCGACCAAAACACGCUAGAUCCGUCCUUCCGCCGCGAGAUCGAACAGGAUGACGACGACAACAGCUCCUCCCAUUCUGGCUCCUACUGGGAUUUCCAUGGCGUGUACGAGUACAAUGCUAGUGCUGACUCGGAGGUUGAAGCGAUCAUCCAGGAAUUGGAAGACGAUAACACCCCGGUUGCCACACCCUUCCCUCUUCAAGAUGCCCCAGAGAUCCUUGAGCAAGCUGCUAGAGCAGUUGUCGAGGAGGAGCCGGAAUCGGACGGCUAUGAGACGGAUGGCGACACAACCGAAGAAGAUGAUGAUGUUCCUAUCCCUCCUGUACGGCGCAAGGAGCGUCGGCCAUCACCUGUGGACCAGUCGGAUGAGUCUGACACGGGUGAGCCAAUUAAAGGACGCCGUGGUCAGCCACGAGUCGGGCGCUUUAACUUGGACAGCUCGGAUAGGAAACCGAUUGCGGUUGUGAACCCCAUCUCGAGGAAGAUGAUGAUCUUCACUCCGCACCGUCGUCGACACCUCGACCUAUCCCCAGAGCAGUUUAAUCUUCCCGCGUACGGUGUGCAGUCUUCGCCCAUGCUGGGAAGCUCCGCGCACAUCAUGAUGAGCGCAAUGUACUCGUCAAACACUGGUUUUGGGAACUUGAUGAACACCCAGGCCAUGGGGCCUGCAGAGGCCUUCUUCCCUUUCCCCUCCGAGCCCAACACAGCGGACGAAAGCUCAGACAUGGGCCCAGAAGGCGAAGACGAAGCCGAGAGGAGCUUGGACAUCGACGACUUUAUCACAUUCGAUGCUGGAUCGCACGCCGACGAUGAUGAUGACGAUGAUUGGUGUCGAAGCGAUGCUUUGGCGUCGACCCCUGCCCGGCCCACAACCGCCUCAAGCGAAGGCGAUUUGUUGUCGCAUGUCAAUGCCAGCAAUGUCGGCGCUUUCCGUCGGGACCAGAUCAACCAGCGUCUCAUUCUGAGUGAAAAGGCGACCCAAGAUUCCUUGGCCUUCAGCAGCCCGUACAAUUACACAGCUCUGAGAGGCAUCAAAUCGGAUCGUUUCGAGACGGCGGCGGCUCCAUUGACGCCCAUGCGACGCCAAAAACGUCAGAUGCAAGAUAUGUCGCGCAGCCCCUUGGAGACUGCGUCUCAGAAACGGAAGGCUUCGAACGAACAUGGACUUGGCCAUAAAAGACAUCGGAGCAUAUCCGAUGUGAACCAAUUGCGCAUAUGA